GUAGAAGGAACCAACCUCGAAGCCACCUUUAAACAUCUCUUUUCUUCGUCAAGAUUGAGACGUCGUCAGCUUAGCAUGUAAGAUCUCUGGAGAAGCGCAGCACAAGAAAAGCCUGUGGAUGAGCAUGCAAAUCCCAUCCUAUCGUGCUCGUCGUGAAGCUGGUGGAGGUCCAUCACGACGACGCUUUCUCACCCGCGUCGGGCACAUCAAAUCGGUCUUGGGCAGCGAUCUUCGUCAUCGUAGAUCUAUGGACUCAACGAUAACAUUCCAUGAGGGCCUACCUGCCUAGCGAAUGACUAUCGUGCCAACAUGGCCAAAUCACUUGCACCAGGAGUCAACAGGCCUGCUUUAGGGGAGAACCGUGGCAACACGCGAGGAUUCUUGUCAGCCGAACACUUGCAAGCUGUUGCAAGAAGCAAUGUUGGAGAGAACAGUGCCAGAUCGCCCCCCACUCGAGCUCUUGCGAUGCCAACCGACGGCGCCGCAUACGCACUCUCAGGAAGUCCUUCGCCCACCGCGCGUCCACCACCACCGCCACGACAGACUCCCAAGACAGGUGGCAUGCAACCUAAGUCACCGGCCGCAACUCUGACCAAAGGCGCUGAGCAGAAGUCCAAGCCGAAACACAACUCAAUCGCGUCUCGCCCUCUGAGUGUAUCACAGACAGGUGCAACGCACGUCACGCCUAGACCCGAUCCCACAGUCAAACCUCUCUCCACUCCGCAUUCACUCGCGGCUUCUCCGCGCAAGGGUGUAGGGGUGUCUCCGACACGUUCACCGAGCUCAUCGGCGCUGACAUCGUGUGAACAGAUUGCCAGUCAGGCGCAAGCUGGACAUGUCGCAAACACCUCAUCGAUGAGCCCAUCAGGUCCUGCGUCGACCACUCUUCAUCAUCAGAGCCCCGGUCAGUCGCAACUCGAUCACCAUAGCGAAACGUCUCAGCCCAACUUGGCGACGUCUGCACUCAGCGAUGCUUCAAUGCAGCAGAAGUUGGCUCCUUUGACGUCGUACCAGACCACCGCCAAUCAGCAAGCCGAAAUCAAGCACGAACCUGCCAGCGGUCUCCAAUGGCAACAACAGCAGUCAGAAGCGCUUGGACAGAGCCCACAGGGUGCAGCUUCAGCAGUCGAUUCUAGCGCAGCAUCCAUCGGAGUGCUUGCCCCUCUCGACGGUCCCGGGACGCUUUGCUCUGACCUCUCACCGCAACACGCGGUGCUCAGAUCUGCCGCCGCCAGUCCUGCUCAGGGAUCGCGUGAGCAGAAUACAGCCGCAUCCCUUUCCCCGCCCCCUCAUGUUGCCUCAUUCUACACAUCCCUAGACCGCACCCCAGAUGUUUCGGGUGUCACGACCUCGUGCAAGAUCGAAGAGCACCACCAAGAGGAGCAAGAGCAGGACGCAGGCUUGCAACAAGGCCCAGAAUCUUACGUAGCCGAGCAGUGGUCGGAGCACGACCGUGUGGUGCUAGUAAAUCAUUUGAAGGCGCAUCCCACAGACCAAGCUCUGUUCAUACGCCAGUGUACGGUUGCUGAGGGUCAUCCGUGGUGCAUGAAUCUUGCACAUACGGCAUAUCAAACGUGUCGAUCCUCGGUGAUCUGGAGAGCUAUAAUGCCGCAUUACGAUAGCGCUCGCGCGCCGAAGAGGGAAGCCCUUUUCACAACUGUCCUCACACAGGUGGAACACCUUGAGAGGUUGGUGGAUGAUGUGCUGCAAAAUCUUCAGGUUUCAUCGCGUAAGCUCAGUCUCGACCAGAUUCGGCAGGCGGCCUCGUCGGCUCCCACUCAACACAUGCGGAUACUUCUCGAGACGGAUGCUCAUAUUCUAGAGGGGAAGGAAUCGCAAUUUCCUUGGCUGUCCGGUUUCCGCACUAUGCAGCUGGCCGGACCGCCACAAGCCGACGUCAGCUCCGCGCACACAUCAUCAGCGGACCAUCUUGGCCUAGCAAAUGUGACGAUGUCCGGGGCGGGUGCGCACAGUCACCGCUCUCAAUCAGCACCUCUCGCCCCGCAGUCCAUCAAGCAUGAAGACAGCCACCUUCCCCAAGAACGCUACUCUGCUCGUGCGCAAUGCCCAGGCCUACCCCCAUCCGAUGCAGAGAGGCUUCGUUCAAUCGAGGGUUCAUCGAGCGGUGUAGCGAGAGACAACACAAAUGCAACGCACCCUGCCCUGCCUUGGGUGCUUCCUUCGCAGUAUUCCAUAAGUAAUGCGGCGGCCGCGAGCCACCUACUACCGCCAAGGACUGCCAUUCCGCAGACCAAUCACCAUCCUGCUCCUGUCCCUCACCACGCGGAUGAGCUUGAGCAGGCGCGCGAGUCUCUCAGGAAGGAGAUGACCAUGGCAUUUCAAGCACAGACUGACGCAAUGAAGCGUAAGCUGCGAGAAGAAAUUUCUGCUGAGCUCCAAGAAGAGCACGCCAAGAAGUAUCAGCGCAUCGAACAUCAACCACAACCACGCGAGCAGGCAAGCCCAGACGUCGAGGCUUUACCCUUUCAAAUCACCUCUCAUCAGCAGGACGAGAUGCAAGGAGUGUCGAAUCGAUAUCAGUCGCAGUCGGCCGAGUCUGAGCAGCUCAGGCGCGCAGACGACAUUGCUUGGGAAGAGGCGAUCAAGGAGAGGAAUGACGCUCAUGCAUUGAAGUUUUCCACCUUGGAGCAGAGCUUGCAAGAGAAGGACAAGACGAUAGAGUUCCUGCAAGAGGAGCACAGUCGCUCGAGAGAGUAUUUCACAAAGAAGAUCGUCGGCUUGGAGCUGCACAAGGAUAAGGUCGAGCGAGAGCUUAAAGAGCUCAAGGGCCGUCUGGCACGAGGAGCAUCGACGAAACCGUUCGACUGCUCCAAUUUCGACCGCAAGGGUUCGCCUGACGCGCGUCCGAGCUUGGGCUUAUAGAAAACGCAAGAUCCAUCGGGACCGUCGACUUCAGCAAGGUUGUAGAUUUCCCGGAGCGUCCAAUUCGGGCCUCAUUCUCAUCCGCAUUCCAGCUUCACCGAUCACAAUGCGAAACACCAAGAGUCACUUCACACCAAAAUGUCCAAGUAUGCAUCCAUGUUGUCCAGUUGCAAGUGCGCCUCUGGAGGCGCCCUGUAUUCAUGCAUCCACCACACCAUUUUUCACCCUUGUCCUCUUCCCUCAUAAAUUCCUUCCCGCAGAACGUCGUAGUUGACGACCCUAUCCAUGAGAAUAUAUGCGCUGUCUGUCGCACAGAGCAGAGCGAAUCAGAGACGACAGUACAUGGCAUGCAUUGCAAUGUCGACCAAGAUGUAGCAGAUAACGUGGGUGACUGGUCAAUUCCAGCGACGUUGCAGCGAUGGGGGUG